UUUUUCUUUUCUCUUCUUUUUUCCUUAGUCUUUGAGUGUGACGCAUCGCAUCAUUAGUCUCACAGCUUCGAUUGUUUUGUUUUCAUGGUCGCAUUAUAUUUGUUGACUUUAAAUUCGGAGCGUCAAGAGUCAUCACCACCUUUGAUCGAGAGAAUAUCAAGCUGAACAAUCAAUAGAUGCAACAUUCGCAACUAGACCCUCUCCCACGCGACCUCCCCUUCAGAAUUAUCUCCAAGACGAUUGGGAGGGGCGCAUAUGCAUCCAUCAAGAAAGCGAUACCCCUUGAUGCGCCGUCGCCGGUCUUUGCCGUCAAGCUAAUCCACAAGGGCUAUGCGAUCAGGCAGGGCCGCAUCUCUGCGAAGCAGAUUGCGAUGGAGGUGUCGCUGCACUCACACAUCGGCCAGCACCCAAACAUCAUUGAGUGGUUCGCCACGGGCGAGGAUGCGGUAUGGAGAUGGAUCGCCAUGGAGUUUGCCGAGGGCGGCGACUUGUUUGACAAGAUCGAAGCAGACGUCGGAGUACAGGAGGAUAUUGCGCACCUCUACUUCCUGCAGCUGAUCAGCGGUGUCAGCUUCAUGCACUCCAAGGGCGUCGCCCAUCGCGACCUCAAGCCCGAGAACAUCCUCCUGUCGGAGAGCGGUAAUCUCAAGAUCGCGGACUUUGGCAUGGCAACCAUGUUCGAGUACAAAGGGGCCAGGAAGCAGAGCAGCACCAUGUGCGGAAGUCCGCCUUACGUUGCCCCCGAGGUGUUGCAGUGCGCGAGGCAGGACAGGAAGUCGGGAGACGGGCCCAAGUACUCGGCCGACCUGGUGGAUAUCUGGUCCUGCGGCGUCAUCCUGUUUGUCCUCCUCGUCGGCAACACGCCGUGGGACGAGCCGACGUCGGGAAGCUGGGAGUUCCAGGAGUACGUGCGAACUAACGGCCGCAGCACCGACGCGCUCUGGGGGAGGGUGCCUGCCGACGCCCUGUCCCUGCUCCGGGGCAUGAUGAACGUCGAGGCGAGCAAGCGAUUCUCGUUUGCCCAGAUCCGCCAGCACCCGUGGUACACACGGCGCAACCCCCUCCUGACAUCGGACGGCAAGAUCUCGGACCCGGUUGCGCUCGCCACGCGGAUGCUCGCCGGCCUGCGCGUCGAUCUCAAUGCCGAGCCAACCCCAUCCCAGCGCCAAUCCCAGCCAGAGGCAAUGGAUAUCGACGCCCACCCCGCCCACGACUGGUCAUCCUCCAAGCUCCCGGCCACCCAGCCAGAAACGCCGAUCAACGACGUGCUCUUCGACUGGGAGCGGCCCGCGCCCCGCACUCUCCUAGGCGGCACCUACGCCAUCUCCUCCACCCAGCCUCUCGCCACGGGCUCCUCCUCCUCCUCCCUCAGGACAGCACUAGCAGGCAACAAUAACAACAACCCCCCAAGCUCCGCCGCCGCCGCCGCCGCCGCCGCCCUCGAGGCGCUGGCGGACGAGCCGACAAUGAGCCAGUUCUCGCAGACGCCCGGCGUGCCCCUGUCCCUGACGCAGCACGCCCGCCAGUUCCGCGACAUCGUCCCGUCGUACUCGCUCACCCGCUUCUUCUCGGCCGUGCCCCCCUCGCUGCUGGUCCAGAUGCUGCACGACGCGCUGCACCAGCUCAACGUGCCCCUGCCGCCGCCGUCCCGCUCGGCCGCGCCGACGGACCCGCACCACCACCAGCACGGCGAGCACGUCGCGACCUUCAAGGUGCGCACCCUGGACGGCAGGCGGCAGGGGCUGCACGGCGACGUCCUCGUCGAUCGGUUCCGGCUGGUCUCGUCGUCGGCGGGCCACCACGGGGGGAAGGAAGAAGAAGAAGAAGAAGGGGGGGAGCUGGAGCUGCUGGAGGUGAGGUUCGUCAAGGUCAAGGGCGAUCCGCUCGAGUGGAGGCGCUUCUUCAAGAAGGUUGCCCUGCUCUGCCGGGAUGCCGUGUAUAGCGGCGACGGGGGCAACGCGGGGGGGACGGGAGUUGGGCUGGAACGAGCGUAGAGCACCAACGAUUAUUGGCCGGUGGUGGUUGGUGGUGAUGAUGAAGAUAAUGAUGAGCGGGUGGUGAAAAUUGGGAGGAAUGGAUGGAUGAAUGAACAGUUUUCAUGAUGAUGGGUAUGGGAUGAUUGAACGGAACACACGUUUGGGUUAUGGACGCGGCCGGGGCGUAUCGGAUGUGAAAUGGAGCGGGCAAACGACUUGUGUUGUUGGGUGUGUGCUCUUUAGGCUUGUUAUGACAUGCCGGCUUGGUAGGAUAAUAAUAACUAAUGGCAGAUUGUUUCUUUUCUUGGUUCAUGGGCUCAUUUUGUCGCAAGCCGGCAUAUUAGUUGAGAGUGAAUUGCAUCAUCGAGGAGUAAAGCCGGUGUAAGUGAGGUGAGGUCCAAGCACACCAG